AUGUCCAAAACGACAACGCUUUCUGUGACUGCUACGGCAGCGGUAGGGAAAAGCAGUACUGGUGGAGGGGGAGGACGAAAUGCAGCUACGGCAGGGGAGUUUGAUGUCCCUGCUUUCGAACAGAAGCUCAAAGAGCUCAAGGACACCCAGGACAGUAUCCAGCAGCUUUCGGCGUGGUGUCUGCAGAGAAGAACUCACCACAAGAAGAUCGUCAGCAGCUGGCUGAAUGUGCUGAAGCAGGUGAAAGUGGAAAACCGUCUCACGCUGUUCUACUUGGCAAACGAUGUCAUCCAGUACAGCAAGCGUAAAAACUACGAAUACGUCGAUAGCUGGGGAACGUAUCUACAGAAGGCGACCACCUUGGUUCGGGACGAAAAGGUGAAGCACAAAAUCCUCCGAAUCUUCAAGAUCUGGGAACAACGCGAGAUCUACAACGAUGAGUUUCUGGCUGACCUGAACGGUUUACUCAGUGCUACAUCGGCCAAGAAGAGUGACUCGUCUACGAGUGUUACUUCGACGACCGCACCGGCCACUACGGGUUCACAAACCGUCACUCUGGCAAGUGGGCCAUCGCGGUUGACGGAACAAACCAAAAGCGUCGUCAUCACGUUGGAUGUUGACGAUUUCCAGAGUGCUUCGCUGGUUUCGACCAUCAAGGAUUGUGUCAAAAACGAAACCGAUACGGAUACGACGUUCAAAAGCCUGAACAAGACACCGCUGGUUGAUGUGGAGAUGGUCCGGAACUCCAUCAAGGGAAAAGAACGAAAACGAGUUGAAGAUAUCGAACAUGAGAUUGAAGAGAAUCUGGUUCAUUACCAAAGUUACGUACAUAGUUUGAAAACGGAGAUCAAAUCGAGGAAGCUGCUUCUAAGUUUGCUGGAACAAGCUGACACGUUCUACCACAAUCAACGAGGGGAGGUCAAAGUUGUGGUGAAUGCCUAUCGAAAUUUCGGCAACCGACUGAAGAGCAUGAAGAAGAAGUUGGACGAGCUGACGACGACUUUGCCGAGUCCGAUGCCGUCGCCUGAUAUCAAUGCACCUUCGCCGGAGCCGGACAUGGAUCUGCAGCUGCCCGACGAUCAGAGCUUCUUUAACGUCAACGGGAUGAUGAACAGCUACAUGGACGGAAAUCUGCCGUUCGAUAUCAACGAUUUCCGGAGAGAUUCUCCAACGACGAGUGCGGGUGAGUGA